UGCGGUUGGAGGGAGGAGGGAGAUAGACUGCAACAAAAGUGCAAGGCAAAAGAAAAAAAGAUUGCUUCACAAGAAAAAUGCCAAUCAAACAUUAGCCCCUCCUGCAGCGGAUUAUAAAGGAAAUGCACAGAACUGGAGCAGAACAGAGGGGGUUCUCUGUUAGGGCAGCAAAAUACACAAAGGUGGAACCCGUCAAUCUGUGAGUUACAAACUUUAGCUAGCUAUAUUUUUUGUAUUAUUUUUAUAUUUAAUCUUUCGGCGCAGCAAAGAUGACCACGGCUGUGGUGUCGCCUUUCUUCGACUUCAGCGAAGUGAUAAACAAGAACAGCAAAAUGCUGAACUACAACAACAACAACGUAGUCGGCGCUCCCCAUCUGAUGUCUGUCCCCUGCACUGGUGCCAACCCCCCGAUCUCAACCUCCACCGGGGCCCUGCUGGACAGGAAGGCGGUGGGGACCCCUUCCGUGGGAGGGGCGUACCAGCGUCGGCACUCGGUCACUCUGCCCAGCUCCAAGUUCAACCAGAACCAGUUCCUCAACAGCCUGAAGAUGGAUCCCUCUCUCACCUCCGGCGGCGGCGGCAGCAACAAGGAGAACCGAUUCCGGGACCGCUCCUACUCUGAGACUGGCGAGCGUCUACUGCAGAAGUGCGGCAGCAGCGCCAGCGGCAACAGCAACAGCCAGGUCAACUCCAGCCGCUACAAGACGGAACUGUGCCGGCCCUUCGAGGAGAACGGCACCUGCAAGUAUGGCGACAAGUGUCAGUUCGCCCACGGGAUCCACGAGCUGCGCAGCCUGAGCCGUCACCCGAAGUACAAGACGGAGCUGUGCCGCACGUUCCACACCAUCGGGUUCUGCCCCUACGGCCCGCGCUGCCACUUCAUCCACAACGCCGAUGAGCGCCGGGGGCCCCCUCCCCUCUCCACCUCCAACAAGCUGGAGCGCCCCCGCCUCCAGCACAGCUACAGCUUUGCUGGGUUCUCCAGCACGGGCAGUCUGCAGGACAGCCCCACCUCCGUCACCCCGCCGCCCAUCUUCUCCGCCGAGGACCUCACUGAGUGGCCCAGCAACCCCUUCACCUACUCCAGCCAGGAGCUGGCCAACCUGUUGGGCCCCAGCCUGGGCGGCCCUCCCGGCGCCGACCCCUCCACCCCGGCCCCGCCUUCCCCGACCACACCAUACUACUUCAGGCCCAUGUCCGAGUCGCCUCAGAUGUUUGAGUCGCCCCCUAGCCCCCCAGACUCUCUCUCCGACCAGGAGGGCUACCAGAGCAGCUCGGGGAGCCUGAGCGGGUCAGAGUCUCCCAUCCUGGACACCACCCGCCGGCUCCCCAUUUUCAGCAGACUCUCCAUCUCAGACGACUAAAUCGCACACAUACAUGCUCACCUGAGAUGGAGAUGAAAGUAUGAGAAAUUGGCACUCCCCUCUACCUCCAGCCCUCCCCAUUUUCCUUUCGCCCCCCCCCUUUCCUGGCCUUGUUUACAUGCUGACAAAUGGGAUGGAUUUUUUUUUUAUACAUAAAAUGUUGUUUGAAAAAUCAGGAUAAGUUGAAAGGUAGGCUUGCUAAGUUUUCUCCCUCAGGAGUGGCAGUCAGGACCUGAGAGAUCCCAUCAGUCCCCCCUACACACACACACACACACACUCACUCUCUUCCCUCCCCACAGAUUGCAGUAAUAUAAGGACACUCACUGAAUUAAGGGAAAUAUUAAAAGUCUUGAAAAAAGCAAUAAAUACAAAAUUUCUACAUCGCAAACCCACUCAUUCCCCCAGUGUACCACCCCAGCCUUCCUAGACCCCUGACACAUCCUUUGUGUGACAGUGCCAAAAAAGAAUGGAAAGAGCACGAGUUGCUGGAAAGGUAUUGGACAGUGACUCGGGCCAGGUGCCAUCUGCUUUUCUUCUUGACGUGUAGCAGUGCAGGAGCUGCCCUGGCCUGGGGGAUGCUUCACGUUCUCUACCAGCCGCGCUUGACAUUACCACUUCAAGGCUUCAUUCCUGAGCCACAAGAAGUGUGCUCAGAAAUGUACAUUCGUCUACAGCCUUAUUUACAAAUCCAGUUAAAAAGCAAAAAUGUUAAGAAAAAAAAGAACAUUUAAAGUGCCUGGGGCUAAGCCUGCAUGUGCUGGGGCAAGAGGACUACUGUUUUUUGUUUUUUUUUUUCUUUGGUAGCUUAUUCCCCUCCCCCUGUUCUUUGAGAGCUCUGCCCUGUCUUUUGAAAUUGUGAAUGUGGAAAGCUUGCAGGAAGGACUUCACAGAUUAAGGUUGGGCUCGGGAAUCAGCCAGGAAAAGACUUUCUCUUUAUUUUGGUGCUACGGGCUCAAUCCCUUCUUCCAUCACCACAACAACCCAAGAAGAUGUGAGGCCUUUAAAAUUUUUUGUGUAGUUUUCCUCCUGUUGCUGGUCACUGUUUGUUGGGAAGGGAAACUUGAUAUGUAAACUCUGGUUAUAGAACAUUUAGAUUGUCUGCCCCCCCGAUUUGUCAUUGGCAGGUAAGGCCUGUACUCCCAUGGUGCAGUUGGCCAACCUGUACACUGAGAUCGGAACACUGAACAAUUCGCUCUCCCAUAGUUUCCAGUCUGUGGAGCACUUUGUAUCCCCCCAUGUCUCCUCCUUUUUCUUUUUUUUGAUUUAUUAUUAUUAUAUUAUUAUUAUUACUGUUAUUGUUUGGAAAAAACUUUCAAAACGGAAGGUUUUGCUUGUCACUGCUUAUUUAACUUAUCAAAAAACAUAUUU